AUGUUAUUUUAUAGCGAAUUUAAAAUUCAAAUAUAUAAUCCCAAUUUAAAUUUAUAUCAAGAUCCUUUAUAUGUAUCAAAACAUUUAUUAGACAGUAGAAAACAAAAUGAAAUUGUAGUGUUUCUAUGGGACCCCGUAUCUGAGGAUAGUGAUUGGACUUCAAUUUUAAAAUCAAAUUACUUGUUGACAGAGGAACAAAUCAAAGAGUAUAAAAAUAGUAAACAAAAUCAAAAAGAGCAAAUAUUAAAUCAGCAGCAGCAAUCUGGUGAUAUUAUAGAAAUCAAUGAAAAUAAUGUUUGUCCAGUAUCAUGUAAAUUUACAAAUGUUCAAGAAGAGUUGGUAGAGUCACAUUUAAUUUUAUUCGAUCCAUAUUAUUUAGAUAAAGAUAAUUGGAAGAGAAUACCACUAAGCUUGCCAGAGAAACAUCCUCAUCAAAAAUUCGGUCUAAUGCAUUAUAAAGCAAAAUCAGAAUAUUCAAUUUUAAAUAGUGAUAGUUAUAACAAUUUAAUGGACCUCAGAAUUUCAUAUUAUAAUAGUACAUUUAAAGAUUUAGAUAUUACACUAGCAUGUCCACCCAAUUCAUCAUACUCCAUCAAAAAUACAAUGGAUUUGUUAUUGAACAAACACUCUGAUGAUGAUUUUAUUAAAAGGAAAUCAAUGGUAUUUAUUUCAUCAAAUUGCAAUGACGGUUUAUCUUCAAUUAGAACUAAACUUGUUGAAAUCAUGUCAAAGAAACUGCAAAUUGAAUCAUUAGGUAGUUGUUUAGCAAAUACAAACCUUGUUAUUAAAAAAAAAUCACAAAUCAAGAAUCUCUAUGAAAGAAUUCAAUAUAAUAUGAAUAUUUACAAGCAAUAUAAAUUUGUCAUUUGUUUUGAAAAUGAUAACUCAACAAAUUAUAUUACAGAAAAAGUAUUUACAGCUUUGUACGCUGGUGCCAUACCUAUAUAUAUGGGCACAAAGGAUAUUAGUAAUUGGGUACCAAGUGGAUCUAUAAUAAAUCUAAAUGAUUUCAAAACUAUUGAUCAAGUAAUAAAAUAUAUUAAAGAUAUUAAAGAUGGAAAAGUAGAUUAUAAGAGAUUUUUUGAAUGGAAAGAAAAGGGCGAAUUGGAACCAAAGGUAAUAGAUAAAUUAGAACGUUGUAUCAACUCUAUCAAUACAAAGUGCAAAAUUUGUCAAGAGUUAAGCAAGCAUUUAACAAAAGCAGAUAGAGACUACCGUUUAUCAACAAUGUCAGUAGAUCAUUCUUUUAGUCACUACACACCACUAUACUUGGAGAUGAAGGGUUUAGGAGAUCAUAUUUUAGUUCAACAAGACAAUAGCCCAUGCAAAGGCUCACUAAAUUUACAAGACCAUUACACAUUAAUGGCAUGGGUUAGACCAUUGUCAUUUGGUGAUCAAAGAAUAUUGGAUAAAAAUCAAGCUGGUAAAAUUGAUGGUUUUAAUUUUGAUAUUCAAAAAACAGAAUCAGGUCGUGGGGUUGUUCGUCUUUGUGCUGGUGAUAACUGCUUUGAAAGCCAUAACUCAAUUUCAAAUGAUCUGUGGUAUCACGUCGCAGUCGUAUUCGAUUGUAAUAACUUUGAUGUACAUAAGAAUAGAGUACGUUUCUAUAUUAACGGUAAUAAAGACGCAGUAUACGAUAAUUUCACACCAACUAAAAAGAACCGCCAUCCAUUGGUAAUUGGUAGAACAAGCAAUGGUCCAGAUUCUCAUUCAUUCCAUGGUAAGUUAGAUAAUAUAAUGAUUUUCAACAAGUCAUUAUCUCAACAAGACAUCAAGCAAUUAAUUUGGGAUAAGCCUUCUUUAGAUUAUAAUAUUGUUGGUUUCGAAGGUCAAACAGAUAAACCAUUGUCAAUCUCGGAAGAAAAAUUAAAAAGAUUUAAAAUUUAUCAAAAUUUGGUUUUAUAUUACGAUUUCGAUAAUAAUCCAUCACAUGACAAAACUGACCGUUUAUUUAUUAAAGAUCAAUCAUUAUGUGGUAAUCAUGGUAGACUUUCAAAGGGUCCAAGAGAAGAUUUCCCUGAAAAAUUUGCUUCAAUUAGUAAAGAAUAUACUUUUAAUAAAUUUUUAUAA